UCUGCAAGAAUGAAUGCAUUUUCUGUUAGAACACAAAUGGCUGCUGUUGGGAAUGUUGAUACUACUGUUGCUAAGGUUUUUUUGUUUAAAUUUUUUCCGCAAAAGAACUUGAGGCCUUUCAACGACAAUUACCUCUUCAAACUUAAAUAUUGGCCAGAAUCUGGUCAACAAAAUUACCAGAUUUCAAUUUUUAAACCAGACUGGACGUCUGGUUGUUGA